ACCCCUAAAGAAGAUGAAAGAUAGAGAGAUCCAAAUCACAUCUCAUUUGUAAUCUAAAAAAUUCAUUCACAAAAAAAUAAAAUAAACAAAAUAAACAAAAACAUCCAAAAACAAAAGUCACAGAAUUUUUGUUCCGAUCUUCUGAAUAUCCACAACAAUGCUCUGCUAUGUCGGCAAAGCCACCAAGAUUUUCAUUUUCAUCGUCACCGUCGCCGUCGUCAUUGGCCUCGUCGUAGUUUUCGGUGUUGUCCGCCGUCACUCUCACCACUGCUCCGGCGACAAUUGCUCAUCUUCCACCGAUCCAUCUUCUUCUACUUCCCCUUUUAUAACUCCAUUCCCAAACCCAAACCCGAAUCCAAACCCAAACCCGAACUCGCCUGUUCUCGGAUCUUCUCCUCCAGCUCCACCUGAUUCAUCAUCAUCACCAAACCCAUCUACUCCUAUUUCCCCAAAUCCGCCGUCGCCGAUCAUUAAUCCGAAUCCACCUCCUCCGUCUACGCCUAAUCCGAAUCCGAAUCCUCCGCCGCAAUUCUCACCUCCUCCGCCGGAUUCUGAAACAACCACCGCACCUCCUCCGCCUUCAACGGAUAUACCAAUCCCACCACCACCUCCAGCACCAGUAUCGGCAUCUCCACCGUUAACUCCGCCGAGCUCCGUCGUCACUAGUCCUGCUCCUGUGCAUGCCAAGCUAGUCAACGACUAAAGACCAAAACUUUGUAAAUUCCGACAUUUUUUUACUUCUCAUUUCCCAGUUCUUGAACUUGAUUCGUUUGUUUUUUGUUAUUUCUAAAUUAGAUCAUUUUCUCUAACCUUUAAUAUUUAAAUCAAGUUGAAAUUUAUUCGGAUUUUCAUUAAUCUUAUGUUAUACUUCACUGAUCCGAUCGAAUGUUAAAACUUUCUUUUGUUUUGUUUACUAAUUGCAGUGAUGUUAUGGGGACUGAGUUGUCUACUUCUAUCAUUAUCAUAAGAUUUAUGACCAAAAAAUGAAUAUUGUUUUGAGUUUAAGUUUUUGCUUGUUUUAACUUUGAAGUUAAUUAAAAUAGUAUCAUUGUCUUAA